UCUUCCGCUCCCAAGCAUAUUCACGAACACACCGUACCACGUGUUUUCCGCUGUGUCAAGACUGUGUGAAAGAGUCUCGAGCGUCCUUCCCCUAUAACGCACCGUGCUCAACCUCGAUUCCUCGUCAACCGUUCCCGUGACCUUGUGGGACACACAUCCACAAUGGCCGUCAGUCGAUUGUCCAUCGUCAAGUUUCUGGAGCUGGCCCUUGCCAUUGCUUGCGUGGUGCUGCACUACAAAAGUCUCGGUGAGCGCGACCCCAUCACUCAGCUGCUGACUUCCGGCACAUUCGUAGGCUACAGUGUCAUCCUGAUCGCGCUGUUCGCCGGCUACCUGCUGAGCAACCCGCUCAACAAGAAGCUGGACAUGUUCUUCAGCCUGAUCGGGUGCGCCAUGUUCAUCGCUUCCGGCGUGCUCAUCCUGAGAGAGUGGGAAAAUAGCAUCUGGAACACAGAUACAAAGAAGAUCGCCAUCUCGAAGGGCUCGCUCGCCAUCGUGAACGGGGUGUUGUUCCUCUUCGACGCCGUCUUCACUCUGCGCGACUAAACACUCUGAGUAACCGUUUAGUUUCUUUGCUUAACCUCCCAUCUUUGAUGUACUAAUCUGUGCCGAGCGAGAAGAUGCUGCUAUCACCUAACAGAUUCGUUUCGCGUUAUCAAUCAACGUGGUGCCAUUCACCAACCAUUCAACAUCCAUAAGAAUAACUGCUCUCCGGAUACGCUGGUACGAACCGUUUUCUCUAGGCAUCAUUAUUUGUUAUCUAGAAUUAAACCUUCUUAUACUCAUGCUACUGUUAUGGUGUGAACUCGUGUGCGUAAUCUCAGCUAUCAUGCAGAAUUUGAUAAACGUAUUUGUUUUGAUAUAAUA